AUGGCUAGUGAGGAUAGUUUUCUAGUGCUGGUACAUCACAGAAGGUCGAUUAAGAGGAAAACUCGGUCCGGCGUGAAGUUCACUGAUAAGGAUCCCCUAUGUAUUAUCGUGAGGCCAACAACCACCUACGAUGCUCUCGUUAGCUCUGUGCUGGAGAAGCUUGGUCUGGAAGGAGUUAAAAGGGUUAAGAAGUUUUUCUAUCGCAUCCCAACCACGGUGCUCCAUGAUACCGUGAAGUAUGAUUGUUUCACGAUUGGGAGUGAUGAGGACUUGCAGGUUAUGAUGCUUUGUCGCAGGCAGUUUUCCGAGGUAAGGACACCAGAGUUGUUGGCAAAGUUGGUUGAUGUAGUAUCUAGCUCGGGUGGUUCGAACCGGAAUGCUAAUACUAUAGCCACGGUUGCCGGCUCGAGCUCGAGACCUGCGGUUGCUUCAUCUUCCGUUCCUGUGUAUGAGCCACCGAUGCAGCCUGUUGCCUCCCCAUCGUUUGCUGUUGAUCUCAGCGGCAAUUGUCCCACACCGGCUGGUGUUGGUGAGGGUUUCUUUGAUGAUCUAGAUGACGAUGAUGUCGAGCCGGAUAUGAUCGCUGAUGACAGCGGCGAUGAUCUUGGAACUACUGAUCCGAGAAGGGCUACAGGUGAAACUAGUUCUGGCACACAGCAGUACCCACCCCAUUUUUCAUCGUUGGACCUGGAUGCCAUGAGGCAGGACGAAAAUCCUGAUAAAGAUGAGGCGCUGUUGAGUGUGAAGACUUACAGCAUCCGCCGAGGGGUCCAGUACAAGGUCAUUGAGUCUGACUACCGCAGGUAUGUGGGAAAGUGUUCUGAGUUUGGGAAUGGGUGCACAUGGUUGAUUCGGUUGAGUCUCCAACAGCGGAAGGGCAUCUGGGAAGUGAAGCGGUACAACAGACCGCAUACCUGUCUUGCCACCUCCAUCUCCAGCGACCAUAGGAGUCUGGACUACCAUGUGAUAGCGACAUUCAUUAUGCCGAUGGUUAGGGCUGAUGCCGCCGUCAACAUCAAGGUGCUUCAAAAUGCCACGGCCGCACACUUUGGGUUCAGGCCUACGUACAUGAGGGUAUGGAUGGCGAAGCAGAAGGCCGUUGCCGUCAUCUAUGGGGACUGGGAUGAGUCGUACAAUGAGCUCCCUCGGUGGGUGUUAGGAGUUCAGCUGAUGAUGCCUGGCACUGUAGCAGUCCUCAGGACUUGCCCUGUUCGAGUUGGGGGACAGCAUGACGAAUCUCAGGCAUUCCGUCAUUGCAAGCCGUUGGUGAGUAUUGACGGCACCCAUCUAUAUGGCAAGUAUGGGGGAACGUUGCUAGUCGCGAUUGCACAGGACGGAAACUCCAACAUACUCCCCGUGGCAUUUGCACUAGUUGAGGGUGAGAAUGCUGAGUCAUGGUCUUUCUUUCUCUCCCACCUCCGUGAGCACGUGACACCUCAGUCGGGUCUGUUAGUUAUUUCAGAUCGGCAUAACGACAUCAAGGCAGCGCUCGAGGCUCCCGAUGGGGGAUGGCUACCUCCGGCUGCAUACCGGGCGUUCUGCAUUCGAUACGUUGCAGCGAAUUUUGCCCUAAACUUCAAGGGAAAAGAUGCCCGGAGGCUUCUUGUUAACGCCGCAUAUGCGAAGACUGAAGUGGAGUUCGACUACUGGUUUGACAUUCUGCGCUCUGAGAAUCCGGCAAUGUGUGACUGGGCGAACCGAAUUGAGUAUUCGUUGUGGACACAGUACUGUGAUGAGGGUCGGAGAUUCGGAAACAUGACGACCAAUAUUUCUGAGUGUGUCAAUUCAAUCCUGAAGGGGGUAAGGAACCUCCCUGUUUGCUCGCUAGUGAAGGCCACAUACGGAAGGCUGGCUGAGCUAUUUGUCCGUAAGGGGAGGGAGGCCGAGGCUCAGAUGGGUACCGGACAACAAUUCAGUCAAUACCUAGUAAAGUGUAUCGAGGCCAACCUGAAGACAGCCAGGUGCUUUACGGUGACUGUUUAUGACAGGGAUAACUCGGAGUACACGGUGGCAGAAACGACUCCGACAGGUUCAUUCUCACUUGGUACGUAUAGGGUCUCACUAGGGUCUCAGACUUGUGAUUGUGGAUACUUCCAAGCACUUCAUUUUCCGUGUCCUCACGCACUGGCAUGCUGUGCUUAUUCAUGUCUUACUUGGAAGCCUUACGUCCACCAGGUCUAUCGCCUUAGUUCCGUUUUCGGUGUCUAUCAGAUGGGAUUUACACUUCCCAUUCCGGAGGGUUUCUGGCCACCUUAUGCCGGACCUACCGUUAUACCGGAUCCGAACAUGAGGCGUGCGAAGGAGGGUCAUCCAAGGUCCACCCGCAUUCGCACCAACAUGGAUGAUGCUGAUCUGAACCGGCCAAAGAGAUGUGGCCUCUGCAGGCAGCCAGGACACACUCGUCGGAGUUGUCCGCAAGCCAGACGACCCACCGGGACAGCUGGGAAUUAA